AAUUUUUCUCUGUUUACAAACCAUUACAUGAUGUUCGGCUUGGUCUUCUAUUUGUUCUCAGUCAUGCCGAAAUUUCAAAAGAAGACUGUUGAAAGGAUUCUGAACUUUCUCCUAUUCAUAAUCGUCGCCCUGGUUUGGUCGUAUGUAUUCGCAGCAGGCAGACAUGCUUCUCAGCGAGAGUUGCCUGGCCACUGAGUGACUUUAUAGACCGAAAUAUCCCAGAACUAGAGUAGCUGCCAGUGUGUUUCUAACUGUGUCACAAAGUGUGAAGCAACAUGGAGGUGAAAAGCAAGAAUCAUGCGAUGCUCAGUAAUUACGAAGUUUUAGGCUUGCUGAAAGACAUUCAGGCCGGAAGAGGCCAAAAGAAGCCGAAUAAGUUUCAAACUAAUUUGGCUACCAUCACUUACGAGACAAUUAAGUGUCUGGAAAACUGGCCAUGUGCUCAUCAUACGCCCAGUGGUCUCAGCGCCGCCAUGAAAGCGCUGGCUCCAUACGGUCUUACCGCAGCAGAAAAACUGCAGCUGAUUAACUUGUGCCCCAGCUCAGCUGUCGAGAUUCAGCUGAUUGUGGAAGAGAGUGAGGAGAGGCUUUCAGAGACUCAGAUUGAGGAGCUCUUGGACUUACUGGCUACUCACAUUCCCGGCCCCGACACGCAGAAUGAACAGGCUGAGGAGGAAGAGGAGGAGGAGGAAGAUCAGGGGGAUGCGUAUGAUGUGACUGACGCCUCUGCAUAAAGAAGUCUGGUGGUAGUCUCUCUCAGCAGACUCGAGGGCAGCUUUUGAUCUGAUUCUGAUGUGAAAAUGUUGGGGAAACUUACUUUACUUACUUUGGAGGAGCAAGUUUCGGUCCUGUGCUACGUGUGUAGCGUCUGUGAUUGUUAUAUG